AUGGUAAUCGGUAAUCAUCUACCUGCUUCAAUUUCAUUCCUGAAUAAACAAAAGCUGUUGUUCCACCUAAUUCCACAGUGGACUGGUACGGCGAGCGUGGACUUCUCGCUGGGGCACCUUAUCCAAGUGAUGGUCCUGCUGGGCACCGGGGGAGCCAACGGCGGCGGCUACAUGGCGUCCAAGUACGUCCUGCUCGCCAUCUACGCCGCCAUCCUGGUCGUGCACGGCCUCAUCAACAGCCUCCCCAUCCAGCGCCUGUACUGGCUGGGCAAGCUCGGAGUCUUCUGGAACACGUCAGGCGUCAUUGUUCUGGUGAUCCUGAUUCCAGCGGUUUCCAAAGAGAGAGCAGCCACGGAGUUCAUCUUCACCCACUUCAACACCGACAAUGGCGUGGGGAUCCGCGACCGAGCUUACAUCUUCGCCAUGGGGUUGCUCAUGAGCCAGUACUCUCUCCUAGGCUACGACACAUCUGCUCACAUGACAGAAGAGACGAAGAACGCGGACCGGAGUGGCCCAAUGGGGAUCGUCGCCUCCGUUGCUCUGGCGAGCGUGUUCGGAUGGGUUUACCUGGUGGCGCUCACCUCGGCGGUGACGGACGACAUCCCGUACCUCCUCGACGCCGGCAUCGACGCCGGUGGAUACGCCGUCGCGCAGGCACUGUACGACGCUUUCCGCAGGAGGCUCGGCAGCGGCGUCGGAGGGAUCGUCUGCAUGGGGAUCGUCGCCGUCGCCGUCUUCAUCUGUGGCUCCACCAACGUGACCAGCGACUCGAGGAUGGCGUAUGCCUUCUCCAGGGACGGGGCGAUGCCGUUCUCGCGUGUCUGGCACCGGGUGAACAGGCACGAGGUGCCCUUCAACGCCGUCUGGUUCUCCGUCGCCUUCGCGUUCGUCAUAGGCCUUCCGUCGCUGGGGAGCCAGGUGGCGUUCCAGUAGGCGAUGGUCUCCGUGGCGACGACGGGGCUGUACAUCGCCUACGCACUGCCCAUCCUCUUCCGCGUCACGACGGCAAGGGAAUCCUUCGUCCCGGGGCCGUUCCAUCUCGGGCCGCGGUGCAGCCUCGUCGUCGGCUGGGUCGCCGUCGCCUGGGUGGCACUCCUCACCGUGCUCUUCUCCCUGCCAGUGGCGUACCCCGUCGCAGAGGCCAACUUCAACUACACGCCCGUCGCCGUCGGCGGCGUGCUGGUCCUCAGCGUCGGCGCGUGGCUGCUCCACGCCCGGUUCUGGUUCCAUGGGCCCGUCACAAACGUUGCCGCCGGCUGA